AUGGGGGGCACCCCUUCGGAACCCCUUUCCCAGGCGCGCGCUCUCCGCUGGAAGAGGCGCAGAGAGACACUUUUCGGGGAAUCUUAAGUGUGCAGGAGGCUGGCUGGGGGGCUCAUCCGGUCCCAACGCCCGAGGCUCGGAAAAAAGAGAGUUGGCGGAGAGAGCAGACUACGUGCCGGGCCAUGGCCUAGGCCCUUCGGCCCCGGCCCCGGCCGCAAUGACCUCUUUGCCCUGCCCCCUCCCUGGCCGGGACGCCUCCAAAGCCAUCUUCCCGGACAUCGCCCCUGUCCCAUCGGUAGUGGCUACCUACCCGCUUGGCCUCUCGCCCGCAACCGCAGUCGCCCCCGAUUUGCCCUACUCUGGGCCCUAUGGCCACCUCCUGUCCUACUCUUACCCUGCGCCGGCGACCCCGGGAGACUCCUACCUGCCCUGCCAGCAACCGGCGGCGCCCUCUCAGCAGGAGCCGAAGGCAGACUCGGAGAAGCCGCCGCUGUCCCCGGAGUCCUCGGAGCAGCGCCCGCAGGCCCCGACCAAGAAGCUCCGCAAGCCGAGGACCAUCUACUCGAGUCUGCAACUGCAGCACCUGAACCAGCGUUUCCAGCACACGCAGUACCUGGCGCUGCCCGAGAGGGCCCAGCUGGCCGCGCAGCUCGGCCUCACCCAGACCCAGGUGAAGAUCUGGUUUCAGAACAAACGCUCCAAAUACAAGAAGCUGCUGAAGCAGAACUCUGGAGGACAGGAAGGGGACUUCCCUGGGAGAGCCCCCCCCUUGUCUCCCUGCUCCCCGCCCCUUCCAGCCCUCUGGGAUCUGCCCAAGGCAGGGGCCCUGCCCACCAGUGGCUAUGGCAACAGCUUUGGAGCCUGGUAUCAGCAUCACUCCCCAGAUGUCCUGGCUCCAUCUCAGAUGAUGUGA